AUGUCACGGAAUAAUGAAGAUUUUGAACUCAUUAAGCACACUGAAGAUCAUGAAAUAGAUGAUCAUGAUGAUGAUAAUAAUGAGAAGGAUGAUGGCCUUAAUGUUGAUGAUUACAACUUUCCGCUGCCACCCAGUACGACGAUAUUACCGUUGAACUUGGGGAAAAAGGAUACGAGCUUGGCCAGCACUCAUUCCCCUACUAUAUCUCUUGAGACAAAUAGGAGUUCACCCCGGUUUUCCAGAACUCCAACUAGGGCAAAGAGACCUCGUCAGACACUCAAAACAUUUGAGGAUUUGAGAGGGUACAAUCAAAAUAGGUCUCAGGCGCAAGCUAGAGUUGAUCCCCCCGAACAACCACGAACCCUGUUCAGAGAUCUCGAUGCUGAAGGGAAUGUAGUCUAUGAUAGCCCUAGUUCCCCAAGUGAACAUAUUUCAAAGGAUUCAUGGAGCUCUAUCCUUAGACCAGGAGGUCAUGAGAGCCAUGAUGAGUUUAACAGUAAUAUAUUUCAGCAUAGCAGCCCUCGUCAGGAAAAUAGGUAUCAAGAUAUCAGUAGGCAGACUAGCCCUGAGCCCGAGUCUAUGAAUGAACCAGGAGUCUCUCAUGUAAAUGAGAACAGCCCAUUUCGUCACAUUCCAGACUGUAAUGCCAGCCAGGACGUCAAUGCCGAGUCUCAGCAUAAAUCGAAUGAUUUAAAAUGUGUGAGACAGGAAACAAUGCGUCCAACAGAGUAUCCGGAACUGGUCGCACGUGAUACUGCUGGCAACAAUUUAUCUGAAUCGCAUUCCAGUUUUUCGGAAAUACUUCCAACGCAGACGUAUGAGAAUCUACCACCUAGAAGGCAAGGAGAACUACAACUAGUUCCAGUUAGAGGAUUUAAUAUUAUGAAGACGAAUUCUCAACUGUUAGCUGAAGCCCGUAUUGGAAUGGGAAACUCAUUGAACGAUACCAAUCAACCACCAGUCUCCACUCCUAGGCCAAUUAGAACCAGCAGCUUUUCAUCGUAUUAUAAUUAUUUGAUAGAUUUCUCGAAAUCCUUCACAGUUCCUUCAAAAGCCGAGGAGCUUAACCACGUUCACAAUACCGCUGGGAGUAGUUCUAUACCUAACAAUGUUUCCGGUGCACUUCUUGCGGAUGUUAGCUCCCCUUACUCACCUGAAUCCAGACCAGGAGAGGAAGAAAAUCUGGUUCCUAAAAAUUUGAUUGAUAAUGACCAGGCACAAGAACCCGAAGAACUAGAAAGAGACCAAAAGCCACAAAUUCCUGAAAAAGCGCACUUGAAUCCAUUUUCAAACAAACCCAGUGUUUUGUUCGAGAAUGACGACAGCACCUGUCAAAUUACUGCCGUACCGAGAAGCUUAACUGGUCCGGGAAAUAGCUUGGGAUACCCUCCACCCAUGUGGGCGGGAUCUAAAGGAUAUACCAGCAAGCCACGGGUCAGCGACGCUACACAGGACGCUAGCACUCCGGCAAGCUUUGGUUCCACGUCUAGUGAGGGAACCCCACCAACCCCCAAUCCACCUUCAUCACCUGCGUCGACCUCAAGAGUCUCAUCACCAGACCUUUCUAUCGAACACGAUAACCUCAGUAAAACAGAAACAGUGGCUAGGGCUAGCAAAAGGAGCUUUAAGGGUUGGAGGAUGAGAUUGACGGAGAUUCGGGGUAAAAUCUCGCGCGGGACUGUGUGGUCAUCUCUUAGGGGCAAAGAUGGGCCGAAGUCAUCCCCGGACCCAGAACCCACCACCACCAAGACUGCACCAGCAAAGAGAACCAAAAGGCUGAUCAAAAAGACCAGUCACAUGAGGAGGAAUCCUCAUGCCAACUCUGCAAGUGCUGACCACUUGGAUGGGGAAGCCCUUGUGAACAAUGCCCCAAAGAAUGACGCACGAGAGGAAAAAGAGACUCCCGCUGCCGAAUCCUUGGGUGAUGGUGCCAAACGCAGUACUGGCGAUACCGCGUUGGGAGACAAAAUCUCGAUGGGGAGCCCCGAUCUCCAUCCUUCCCAGCCUGUCGAGCCAGAUACAAUUGAAGUUGUAUCAUCAACCCCACCGAGCGGUAGAAUCUCAGGAUUCUGCAGUAAAACUCUGACAGCCUUGAGUAGGAUCUGGAACGUUGGCAUCGAGCCAACGUUCGGUAAGCUCAAGCUCAAGGUUGUUCUAGCCAGGGUAACGCCCCAGCCAGUCUACAUGAGGGGUGCCCGAGAGACUCCGACCCUAACUGAGAGGGUCAAGUACAAAAUGGGGCUGGGCGGUAGAAGCAGAAGAGAGGUGCCCGAUGGCGGUGAAAAUCCCGAAGGGGUCGAAACGACCCCAGAAGCCAACCUCCCGGAGUAUUCCCCAAGCAUUGCGAGCAUUAGGCUUCCCUCCAUUUACAAUCCGAGAAAUUCGGACGAAGUCGAAACGAGGCAGUUGGUCGAUCCGGUGAAGGAGACAAUUGCAGCAAGAGGCUCCAAGGGGUUGUGGUCAUCAACUGAUGCUUCAACCCCCAAGCAAUUAACUCGGGAGAGCCUUCGGGGGGUUUUGGCCAAGUCCGGCAAUAGAGGGGUGAAACGAUCCGAUUGA